GUUGAAAACCGUGGGCCCCUAUUGCUGAUCAUCAAUGGCACGAUAACAGGUGUCGCGGCGAUCAUUGUGGGUCUUCGCGUGAUUUCGAGGGUCUUCAUCGUGAAAAUGUUUGGCUUGGACGACUGGAUAAUGGUGGCUGCGAUGAUUUUCGCAAUCUUAAACGUGGUGGUUGCGGGGCUUGGAGUCAAGUAUGGAACAGGAAAGCACAAAUGGGAUCUCAUCAAAGCAGACGUGCUACCUACAGCGAAGGUUCGAUACGUGACUCACAUCAUUUAUACCCUGAUCAGCGGUCUGAUCAAGGUAUCAAUCUGUCUGCUAUACCUGCGAGUGUUCCCUAACAUCCGAGUAAUCUGCCUUGGAACAAUCGCAUUCGUUACGGCCAUGAGUGUCGCAAUUAUUCUCGCAACCAUCUUUCAAUGUUCACCGAUCGAUGCUGUCUACAACGAACAGAAAUAUAAACAUUAUACUUGCUUUGCGUCUAUUCCGUUUUGGUAUGCGACCGCCGCGCUAUCACUGGUGACGGAUAUUUGGAUUCUUCUCUUGCCACUGAAAACAGUUCUAGGUCUUCAUCUUGGAACUAGGAAAAAAGUUAUCGUCGCUGGUUUACUAUCAUUGGGCUCCUUUGCAUGUAUAGCCAGCAUCGUGCGGAUGGUCUACAUUGUGAGAUUAUAUCAAAGCUCAGAUCCUUCCUGGGACACCUUUGGGAUUUCGAUUUGGUCGGGAAUCGAAAUAGCUGUCGCUAUCAUCGCUGCUAGCAUUCCGGCAACCAAGCCGAUCGUGAACAACCUAUUUCCAAGGCUGUUUCCCAGCAGCGCUGGCAUAUCGCAGUCAGCCAACCACCGAGGUUAUCCGUCAGGCAGUCGUAGUGAAAGUACUCCACGCCGCUAUCGAAGGGAUAGCAUUCCACUCUCACUUUUCACAAGGAGAGAAGGAAGUGGUACGGGGGAUGAUGAGUCUACAAAAGCAAUAGCGCAUGCAACCUGA